UUACGGCAUCUUUGACAAUGUUUUUAUUUGCAAUUGUUGCUCAAACCACCAUGGUUUUAAAAGUUUGGGGUGAUUUGAACGCCGUCAUCGAAAUUUUAACAACAGCUGAUAUGCCCAUUUGUGUUGCUUUAAUGAAGUUUCUAGUUGCUUGGUACUACAGAGAAGUCUUAAAGGACUUAGUUAAGACAAUGUCAGAUGAUUGGCAAAGUCAAUAUACUAACCAAGAUUUUGAAGAAAUGUGGCAACGCGCUCAAUUUAGCCGAAAAUUAUCGAUAGUUUGCAUAGGUUUGGCUCAAGGCACUAUAACUGUUCAAUUCCUGAUGGUGGUAGUAUUUGAUAUUAAUAAUAAAGGUCAGAUCGAGAGACCUCUAUAUAUGACCUCAUAUUUUCCUUAUGAUACGCAAAACAGUCCAAAUUAUGAAAUAACUUGGAUAGCUCAGUGUUUUUCGAACAUAUUUGCUGCUGGUGCAUUUUCAGCAGUAGAUGCAUUUUUUGUAGUUUUGGUUUUACAUUUAUGUGGCCAAUUAGCGAUACUGAAAAGAUCCUUGAUAGAAUUAACAGAUGACUUGCAACACAAAUCGAUCAAGUUAGAAUUCACAAGAAAGCUUGCAAACAUCGUCGAGAGACACGAAUUUUUGAACAGGUUUGCAAAAACUAUUGAAGAUUCUUUCAACAUGAUGUUCUUAGCACAAAUGAUUACAUCAUCAUUUGCUUUAUGUUUACAAGGAUAUCAGUUGAUAAUAACUAGUAACGAAGAUAAACUACCGCUCUUGCAGUUAAUACAUAUGAUUUAUUUUGUUUGCUGCUUUUCAUUCAGUUUAUUUUCAUAUUGCUAUGUUGCAGAACAGCUUAAUUACGAAAGUACAGAAAUUCAUUAUGCAGCUUAUAAAAGUGAUUGGUACAAUUUAUGUCCUAAGGAAACAAAAUUAUUGCUUUUACUUAUGCAUCGAGCUCGGAAACCUCUUGAAAUUACUGCUGGAAAAUUUUGCGUAUUUUCACUAGAAUUGUAUUGUAGCAUUCUGAAAACAUCUGGAGGAUACUUGUCAAUGCUUUUAGCUGUAAGAAACAGACUGGUUCCGGCUGUAUAA